UUUCUGCCACGCGUGUUUCUGCUGAAUGCUGUGUCCACCACUUCUUCACGUUGUUGCGAGCUUCCGCGAUUCCUUUCUAAUUUUUAACUGUUGAGUUGAUUUAUCAGUAAGGUUGCACAAAAUGCCUCAAAACGAGCAUAUUGAGUUGCACAGGAAGCGGCAUGGACAACGUCUUGAUCAUGAGGAAAGAAAGAGGAAGAAGGAGGCUCGUGAGCCUCAUGAGAGAGCUCACAAAGCUCGCAUGCUGACAGGAAUAAAAGCUAAGCUGUACAACAAGAAACGACAUGCUGAGAAAAUACAAAUGAAGAAGACCAUCAAGAUGCAUGAAGAGAAGAAGACUAAGAAACGCAAUAAGGAUGAAGUUCCAGAGGGUGCUGUUCCAGCCUACCUCCUGGACCGAGAGGGUCAGACGAGAGCCAAGGUUCUCUCCAACAUGAUCAAGCAGAAAAGGAAAGAGAAGGCAGGCAAGUGGGAUGUGCCCUUGCCCAAGGUCAGAGGUCAAGGAGAAAAUGAGGUCUUCAAGGUCAUCCGUACAGGCAAGAGGAAAACCAAAGCCUGGAAGAGAAUGGUCACUAAAGUAACGUAUGUAGGAGAAGGUUUCACAAGAAAACCACCCAAAUAUGAGAGAUUCAUCAGACCCAUGGCUCUUCGGUUCAAGAAGGCUCAUGUGACACACCCAGAGCUCAAGGCUACAUUCUGUCUACCUCUGAUUGGAGUCAAGAAGAACCCAAGCUCACCUAUGUACACAUCAUUAGGAGUUAUCACUAAAGGAACUAUUAUUGAAGUCAAUGUCAGUGAACUUGGUAUGGUAACACAAGGAGGAAAAGUUGUUUGGGGUAAAUAUGCACAAGUCACAAAUAAUCCUGAAAACGAUGGCUGUAUCAAUGCUGUUUUAUUAGUCUGAAUGGACAUCCAAC